UCCGGUGUCGGUGUCACCAAUUUGUGAGACGUGGAUGCAUUGAGAGUUAAAAAUCAAAUUCUGUGUGUAUUCCAGCUGUUGUUUAUUGAUUGGAGGUGCAAAUUUCCCGCGGAAAGUAUCAUACUGGACAAUCAACAGGACGCAAAGCUUAUAGGCAUCCUGAAAACUUGCUGCAGAUUUCAUUUUUUAUCGAUCUCUCCAAAACCAGCCUGACAUAAAUUUCGGCUGAUUGACUCGAGUGACAAGUGUGUCGCAUUGAAAAUGUACGCGUGUUGUCAUUAAUGGUCGUGAGCGAUAAAAUCAGUCAUGGAAGAGUGAAUGGUGACGAUUGAAAAAAUGAUGUGAAUUUUUCUGCCAAAUUUGUUGGGACAUUUCAAGUAAAACAGGAUGGUCAGUCGAGCCCGCCUCCAUUACUGCAAGAUUAUUCUGGCCACCUCACUGGUCUGGUUUCUGCUGGAUGUCUUCAUCCUAAUGUACUUCACUGACUGUGCGGCUAACAGUGCCAACACAAACUGUAAGGAAACUGGAGGAGGGGGAGGAGAACCAAAGAAAAAGUCUGACGGUGGGGGAGGGGGAAUUCUUGACAGAAUCCUGCCAAAAGGUAUCAUUCAGCGAGUUCCUACUGGUCCCGGAGAGAUGGGAAAACCUGUGGCGGUCCCCUCUGAUAAACAGAAGGAGGCUAAGGAGAAAUUCAAAAUUAACCAGUUUAAUCUGGUGGCCAGUGAGAUGAUCUCUCUGAACCGGUCACUACCAGACUACCGAAUGGAUGCUUGUAAAAGAAAACAGUAUCCGCCUAAUUCUGAGCUUCCCGACACCAGUGUAGUAAUCGUAUUCCAUAACGAAGCCUGGACCACGCUACUUAGGACUGUUCAUAGUAUAAUAAACCGAUCACCUAGAGAAUUACUUAAAGAAAUCCUGCUUGUGGAUGACGCCAGCGAGAGAGAGGAAUUGGGUAAGAAAUUAGACGAGUAUGUAGCAACAUUGCCAGUUCCUACUCAUGUCAUCAGGUCUGAAGAGAGAACGGGUCUUAUCAGGGCAAGGUUAAAAGGUGCAAAGAAAGCAAAAGGAAAAGUUAUAACCUUUUUAGAUGCACAUUGUGAAUGCACACAGGGUUGGUUAGAACCCUUAUUGUAUGAAAUCCAUAAAGAUAGGACGGCUGUCGUAUGUCCUAUCAUUGAUGUCAUCAGUGAUGACACGUUUGAGUACAUCACGGGCUCAGACAUGACCUGGGGAGGAUUUAACUGGAAACUUAACUUCCGCUGGUAUCCCGUCCCCCAGAGGGAGCUGGACAGGAGGGGAGGGGACAGAAGUAACCCCACAAGAACUCCCACAAUGGCGGGUGGUCUGUUUUCUAUAGACAGGGACUAUUUUUAUGAAGUUGGAUCAUAUGAUGAAGGAAUGGAUAUAUGGGGAGGGGAAAACUUAGAAAUGUCUUUCAGGGUAUGGAUGUGUGGGGGCAAGGUGUACAUUGUCACCUGUUCGAGGGUGGGUCAUGUGUUCAGAAAAACCUCACCUUAUUCCUGGCCGGGAGGCGUGGCCCGCAUUAUCAAUCACAAUACACAGCGUAUUGUAGAAGUGUGGAUGGAUGAAUACAAGGAUUUCUUCUAUAAAAUUAAUCCAGGAGUAAGGAGCACAAGUUAUGGAGAUGUAUCAGAAAGAAAAGAUCUAAGAGAAAAACUUCACUGUAAAAGCUUUAAAUGGUAUCUAGAAAAUGUUUACCCUGAAUCUCAGAUGCCUGUGGAAUAUCAUGCUUUAGGAGAGAUAAGAAACAAGGCAACUGGUCAGUGUAUAGAUAGCAUGGGGCGAAAAAGUGGGGAGAAGGUUGGACUAGUCCAGUGUCACGGCAUGGGAGGGAACCAGAUUUUCUCAUACACAAAAAAGAAAGCAUUGCAAACAGAUGAUGUAUGUCUAGACGUGUCAUCACUGCAUGGGCCAGUUAAAUUAUUCCAAUGCCAUGGUUUAGGGGGAAAUCAAAAAUGGGAGUAUGAUCGGAAGACCUUUGAGCUGAAGCAUGUAAACAGUAAGCAGUGUCUAGGAGCUGCUGGACCAAAUGACAAGGAUGCUCCAUCUAUUGGACCAUGUGAUGGCAGUGUAAGGCAAAAGUGGGUUCUAACAGACAUGAAAUGGUAGAGGAGGGUAGAGACUUUUUUCCCUGUAGUGUGAUAAUCCGCGAUAUACAUCGUGUUCGCAAACCAAUCUCUUCAUCUGGGGACCAGAGGUCAAGGUUGGCCAAUCAAAUUACAGAGUCAUUCUGUGUCAGAAUGUUCGCAUAUCUAGAUUGGUGCUCAGAUUUCUAGUCAUCUGAUUAUGUGUGUCAAGGUCAUCUGAUCUUAACCUUUGACCUUGACUUGAUUUUGUCCGUUGAGCAUGGAUUUAUGGAUAAAUUUAAUCAGGAGAGUUGGUGUCCAAUUUGGUCUUUUAUAUUGAUGUUGCUAGAGCUUUUUUAAAUUGUUAUUUUCUUUUUGUUUCUCUACUGCAUCAGUAUGAAAACUUGCAAGCAUGACUUGUAUAGAAGUGAUAUUUUUGUGAAUGAUUGCUUGUUAACAAGUUGGUUUAGCUGUAUGUUGAGUCUCUUUGUUUAAUUAUGUGUUUUACUAAUAGCAGAAGUAAAAUGCUCAGAUUUACAGGGAGUAAUCAGAAUGUGUAUUAAUUAUAUUAAUUUAUUGAAGCACAUUCAAGUUGUUUUACUGAAAAUUGCAUAUUUUUUUUUUCUGAAUGUACUGAGAGGUUUAUGUUUGAUGUGUAUGUAUUAAUGAUGUUUACUGACAAUUUAAUUUAGCUACAAUCAGUUUAUUAACUUUUGUAUUUAGAUUCAGUCCAAUUAGCAAAU